CAACAUUCCUAGUCUCAGAACUUUUCAAUGCUCAGUGAUGAUGAUCCUGGCCUGGACUUUGCGUCGCCAGCGUUCGAUCCGCUCCGUGCGCUGACCGAGGCCGGAGUCAAGCCGCCCUUUCCCAACAUGAAGCCCAUGGACAGUCUGGCCAAGUUCGAAGCGACCAUGAUCACUCGCACAGCCACAAAGCCCAAGGUAGCAGUGACGGGAAGCGAUCAAGCAACAGAAGCAGCAGCAGCAGCAGCAGCAGCAGCGCCCACCACCCCAGCAUUGCGUGAAGCUGCAGUGUCAGGCAACUCGACAAGUGCAAGUGCUGGCAUGACGCACGAGCAGAGCCGGGUCCAGCUGGUCCAUCCGACUGCGCAGGCUCAGAAACGAGCGGCUUUGGCUCAGAAUCCUAAUCCUACUCCAAAUGUAGAUGCGAAUGCGGAUCCAAACAUCAUCAAUCUAAAUCUGAAUGCAAGUGGUACACCACGACACCAAGUUGUGCCGCUACCGAUUGGGCGACCAAAACGAGGCCCAAAGAAUGUGCUCAAGCGAAUGGAAGAAUUACAAAUCGGCCCGCUUAGUGUUCUGUAUCGAUGUGUGAAGGAGCAUUACCGAGCACGAUUGUGGAUUCGCGACGACAAGGGCAUUCGCAGCCAAAUGUUGGCAACUGUGCUCGUGUUUGACAAGCAUUUUAACAUGGUCGUGACGGAUGUGCAAGAAAUUGUCGAUAUGCGCCGCUUUAGAAACCUCCGGAAACCAAUCGACUCGCAAAUCCUCCUCACGAAGCUACAGCUGGCAAUCUCUCCCACGUUAACACAACAGCAUCCGAGCGGUGCUCAAAUCCCCACAUUGCCAGAAUCAUCCUGGCCGCCAAUUCGAAUUGUGCGUCGAAGACACCUCUUUAUCAAGGGCGACAGUGUGGUAAUGGUGCAACGAGUCAAUCCAUCAGUCUAAUUUAUAGUCACAAACAUCGAAAGCCCACCAGCUUGCUUAUUUUGAUGCCUCAUUAAACAACAACAGAGCGACAAAAAUGUGCGUACUGUAUUUUGCCAGACCAAAAAUUAAAAGCGUCG